CUUUGCUCAAGCCUACAUUUGGAUAGAGCUUGCUCUAUUUGUGAAACUGAGGAGAAACAAGACACACAACUUCUAAGACAAGGGGAGGCAUCAGUGAGAUAACUACAAUGUCAGAACCAACUAAGAAAACUCCUCCUGUCUUGAGUGGACGGAGGGCUGUUCCACCUAAUGUUUCCAAUGCAGAAGAAGAUGAAGUUCCUGAAGUAGAGACAAUUGGUGUGGUGCCAAGGGGAUUUAAGAGAGAAGGUAUUCUGGAAGUCGAAGAAGUCCUUGUAUUCAGCCGUGAAUAUGAAAUUAAUAAGAAGGAGCACCACACAGACAAAUACUACAAUUUCAAACUGAUUGUGCGCCGAGGACAGAGUUUCCAUAUUCAGAUUGUAUUCAAUCGUGCAUACGAUCCAGACAAGGACCAAUUCUGGAUUGAAUAUCUUAUAGGGCGAUACCCACAACAAAACAAAGGCACUUACAUCCGCGUUCCUGUGGUUCAAGAGUUGAAAAGUGGGGAAUGGGGUGCUAAGAUCACCCACAGAGCCAACACUUCCGUGGCCCUGAAUAUUAUGCCAGCUGCAAACUGCAUUGUGGGGAAAUUCCGCAUGUAUGUUGCAGUCCUGACUCCAAUGGGCAUUCUCAGAACAAGACGGAACCAAGACACCGAUACCUACAUAUUGUUCAAUCCCUGGUGUGAAGAGGAUGCGGUGUUUAUGGAUGAUGAAGAAGAAAGGAAAGAAUAUGUCCUGAAUGACCUGGGGGUCAUUUUCUAUGGGGCCCCUGAAAAUAUACGACAAAGGAGCUGGAACUUUGGCCAGUUUGAAGAGGGUAUUUUGGAUGCUUGCCUGUAUUUGAUGGACAGAGCCCAACUGGACCUCUCUGGCCGAGGGAAUCCUAUCAAAAUCAGUCGCGUUGGCUCUGCUGUGAUCAAUUCUCAAGAUGAUAAUGGUGUGAUACGUGGGUGUUGGGACAAUAUUUAUGAAUAUGGAGUACCACCCUCAUCCUGGACAGGAAGUGUAGAUAUUCUAUUGGAGUAUUAUAGUAGUAAGGAGCCAGUGCGAUACGGGCAGUGCUGGGUCUUUGCUGGCGUUUUCAACACCUUUUUGAGGUGUCUAGGAAUUCCUGGAAGAGUCAUCACUAACUAUUCUUCAGCUCAUGAUAAUGAUGCCAACUUACAGAUGGAUGUGUUUGUGGAUGAAUAUGGAAAAGUGGAUUCCAAACUCACAAGAGAUUCAAUCUGGAACUAUCAUUGCUGGAAUGAAGCUUGGAUGUCCCGGCCUGACCUUCCUGUUGGUUUUGGUGGCUGGCAAGCUGUGGAUAGCACCCCUCAAGAAAACAGUGAUGGCAUGUAUCGGUGUGGUCCAGCUUCCGUUCAAGCCAUCAAGCAUGGCCAUGUCUGUUUCCAGUUUGAUGCCCCUUUUGUUUUCACAGAGGUGAACAGUGAUGUUAUAUAUUCAAAAGCGAUGAAGAAUGGGUCUAAAGUGAUUCAACAUAUUGACAAAACCCAGAUUGGAACAUUGAUUUUGACUAAGGAAAUGGGUUCGAAUAAAACGAAGGACAUCACUGAGCUGUACAAAUUUAAAGAAGGCACAGAAGAAGAAAGGCUGGCCUUGGAGACGGCCUUAAUGUAUGGUGUUAAAAAAGCUGCAACCGAGGACAUCUCCUCCAGUACAGAAGUUGACAUGAAUGUUGUGAUAGAAGAUUCAGUUCUCGGCAGUGAUUUCAAUGUCACAAUUACUUUCCGAAACAAAACAUCCAGACGUUACACCGCAACUGCUUAUAUUUCUGGCAAUGUUGUAUUUUAUACUGGAGUCCCAAAGUCUGAAUUCAAGAAUGACAGUUUUGAUGUGACCCUAGAACCUAUGAAAGACGAAACUCUCGAGGUGCUCAUCGAGUCGAGCGACUACAUGAGCCAGUUGCUGGAACAAGCUUCCUUACAUUUCUUCGUCACCGCCCGUGUCAAUGAACUACAAAAGAUCCUGGCCCGGCAGAAGACCGUUUCACUGAAAAUCCCUGCGUUGCACCUCAAGGUGCCUGGAGAGAAAGUUGUUGGUAAGGACAUGACAGUAAUAGUGGAAUUCCCCAACCCUCUGAAGCAAAAUCUCACCAAUGUCUGGGUCCGUCUUGAUGGCCCUGGGGUGCUAAAACCAGUCUCAAAAUUAUUCAGAGAGAUUCCAAGGAAUUCAACCUUGAUCUGGGAAGAUAAAUAUGUUCCAAAGCAGCAUGGCUUCCGAAAGUUGAUUUCAAGCUUGAAUUGUGAUGCCUUACGACAUGUCUAUGGGGAGCUGGACAUCAAUAUUCAGAGUGCCGAGUAAAGAUCUUCUCCUUUCUUUCCUUUUUUUUAAUUCAGUAAUUCAUUACAGGAAAGUUUAAAAAACUGCACUUUCAAACUUCUGCCAUAAUCCAGAAGUUGCCAAACAUACAUUCUCUGCAUAUGCUUUCUAUUUCUUUUCCCAAUUAAUUUUCAGAGGGGUUAUUUUCCACUCAAAACUAUGAAAGAUUAAGUUCAUAGAAACUUAUAGAAAUAUACAAACAUAUUCAUUUGCAUCAUGCCUUUCUUCAAAGUUAAUUACAUCAGGUACAUAAUCCCCACUUUUGUCACAAACAACACUGUAAAAUCUGUUGAACUACGGGAUUGUGAUUAAGCACUAAUCCUCACACUCAUGAGAUUUUGAUUCAGUGUAAGAUGGCCCAGAAGCAAUUUAAGUCCAAGUUUCCCACUUCCUAACAUAACACUCUUUACACCACCAUACCAAAUUACACACCAACAAUGAAAGUUUACUUACACUGAUUUUCUUUUCCCAUCAACGUCUUGGCUGAGAUUUAGCACUGGACCGAUCCUUUUUUUUGUCCCAAACUGACAUAAGCAUCACUAAGGGAGAAUAACUGAGCACCAAUUAAAAA